AUGCCGAUUACUGUGACCAAGGCUGAUGGGGUGACUGUGUUCACCAUGACCCCCAACCCCAAGAGCAGAUGCCCCCUGCUCUGCCAGAUUCUGGGCACUCUGUGCUGCAGCCCGUUCUGCAUGGUGUCUCGGAGCCUGAAGCAGCAGCUGGGAAAAUCUCACACAGUUCUGGGGGCUCUACAGAUUCUAGUUGGAGUGCUGAAUCUGGGAUUUGUGGGCAUCAUUAGAUUUCUUGACCUGUACAGUGUGCUAUGGGGUCUUGGCUUUGGGCUGGGAGCAAUGUUUAUUGCAGCUGGCAUUGGGUGCAUCCUUGUGGAGAAGUUUCCCAGCCCGUGCCUGAUCGGCUUUUCAAUCCUGCUGAAUGUGUUCAGUAUUGGAAUGGCUAUAACUGGAAUUGUGUUUUAUUCAAUGGACCUAACAUAUUUGCCUCUUUCUAACAACUGUAAGAAAGUAUAUGGAUAUGGAAACGGAUAUGGGUAUGGACAUGGAGAUACGUAUGGAGAUAGAUAUCCUUAUUACAAGACUACAACAGCUUCACCCACAAUAAAUGACGUGAUUAAAAACUGUGAGCGCUACUUCUUCAUGUUUAAGGUGAUUUUUGGAGGACUAAACAUCAUAAUGAUCAUGUCUAGCAUCCUAGAAAUCUGCUUCACGAUCAGCUCAUGCGUUCUGUAUGUGAAGGCUCUGUGCAAGAAGAACAAAGAAGACCACAUGGAGGAUUCGGAGCUUCAGAAGCCCCUUGUGGAGGAAGUCCUUUCCAGCCCAGCAUGUUAGAAACACUACAAUACCCAGAAUUCUUAUGAUAACGUAAUUUAUAUUAAUAACUAUCUUUAUGUUACUGUACUGCAUAGUAAAAUGUAAUCCAACUAUAGUAAAAAGCUUCUUUAUUAUUAAAUCUUUUACAGAUAUUCUUUUUACUGCUGGUAGUAUCAUUUUGUAAGCUUACAUGUAGAAUUUUUCGUCGUAUAUGUACACUACAUUUGUGUUUCUUUGAUUUAUAGACAUAAUAAAGAUGUAAUGCAUGCUCAU